AAAAACGUUAAUAAAGGACCACAGUGUGUGAGAGAGGAAAAGUGAGUCAAUGCAUUGGUAACAGUAACAGGCAAGGGCGGUGUGCAGAUUAACAGCAGUAAAUAGAGAGAGGAAGUUUAUCUUCUACUUCCAUUACUGGAGGACCUCGCUCUGCACCUCUUCUGCAAACAAAUACGCAAUAAUGAAGGGAAUCUGAAAGAUGGGAUUAUUACUCUGCAAGAUGCGCAGCCUGACUAUCAUGAACUCUUCAUAACUGGGAAUACUUUUACAAAGUGAACCACAAGAGCCCCCGUCAUCUGUGCUGCGAAGAUGUUGAAAGCAUCGAGUCAACCCCACAGGCAUCAGAGUGAGGAGGACAGCUCUGGGUCGGAUGCCGGAUCAGAGGUCAGUCUAGAACCAGAGACGGACCGGUUUGGCUUCAUUCUGACCAAUGGAUCCACAGCUGGGAGUGUGGGCCCAUCCCCUGAGCUGGUCAGACAGAGGGAAGCCAAAUGGAUCAACAUCAUUGGCCAAUGGAACCGCAUCUUGUUAAAGAAGAGCAGCAAGGUCAAACUGCAGUGCCAGAAAGGAAUCCCUCCCUCGCUCCGAGCAAAGUGCUGGCCUCUCCUGUGUGGAGCAUUAGAAAGAAUGAGACAAAAAAAAAACCUUUAUGAGUCUCUAGAUUCACAACCAGGUCUGCAGAGCUGGGUGGAUAUAAUUGAGAGGGAUCUAGACCGACAGUUCCCCUUCCACGAGAUGUUCCUCUCCAAAGACGGACACGGGCAGCGGGAGUUGUUCCGGGUGUUGAAAGCCUAUACUCAGUUCCAGCCAGAGGAAGGUUACUGCCAGGCUCAGGGGCCGGUGGCUGCGGUGCUGCUGAUGAACAUGCCUGCUGAGGAGGCCUUCUGGUGUUUGGUUCAGAUCAGUGAGCAGUACCUUCCUGGAUACUACAGUCCUCUGCUGGAGGGAGUUCUGUUCGACGCAGCCAUCCUUUCCUGGGUCUUGAAGAAGACGUGCCCGGCUGCACACAAGCAUCUCCAGCAGCACGGCGUGGAGCCGCUCAUGUUCGCCACCGACUGGUUGAUGUGUCUGUUCACACGUCACCUGCCCUUUAACACGCUUCUCCGAGUGUGGGACCUCUUCUUCUGCUAUGGCGUGAAGGUGCUGCUCCAGGUGGCGGUGGUGCUGGUGCGUCGCGUCCUGGGCCGGGCUGAGCAGAGGAAGCAGUGUCCGGGCCAGAUGGAGACUCUGGAGAGGCUGAGGGGGGUCAGGGAGCAUGUCCAGGAGGAAGAGGAGACUUUCAUAGCAGAGGUUUGUUCAGUGCCACUGUCAGGUAAAGACCUGGAGAAGCGGACGGAGAAAGAGUUGGGAAGGUGGAGGAAAGACAAACCCUCGUCCACGUUCGACCCGCGGGGUCGUUGCUACGGGUAUCGGAUGGCGUGGGCGAGAACCCGACAGCAGGAGGAAGAACGUGAGCAGAAAGAGAGAGAAACGGGGAAUCUCUCUGUUCCUCUUGCCCGCUCCGCCUCCACUCUUUCGCUCUCACCUGCCCUCCUUCACAAGAAGUUUAGGAAAGGAGGAAAAGGCAAUGCUGGUGAGUGGGAGCCCGGCAACAAAGUUUCGAGGCAUCUUUCAAUGGGAGCAAAGGGCGACUGGAGCGACACAGUAUUCAAGAAAAACGUCCAAGACGUCAAAGAGGAGGAUGUAGUUUCAGAUGGACAGAAAACAGAAACAGAGACAAAAGCAGCAGAAGAAAAAAAAUGGGAAGAAAACAGACAUCUGCCAACAGAGCACAAAGGUGAAACAGUAAAAGUAGAAGAACAAACUGAGCCUUUGGAAGCAGGAAAAUGUGAAAAAGAGGAAAGCAAAGAGACUGGAGAAAGCACAGUCAUUUUAGAAAAGGCAGAGGAGUCUCAAUCUGUUGAAAAUAAUUCCCAAGCUCCAGAAGAAUCAAAUGGAAGUGAGCAGAAAGAGGAGCUGGAUGACACAAACCAACCACAGGUUCUGGAGGAGCAAAGUCAGGAGAGUGAGGCUGUAGACAGAAAUGAGACUGAGAACCAAAAAGGUCUGCAAACUGUGAGCCAAUCCCAUAUUACUGAUGAGCAAAGUAACAACAACAAUGAGGAGAGUGGGAAUACAGAAAUAAGCAGCGAGGCGGAGAAUCCAGAAAAGCUGCAAAAUACGAGUCAAUCCCAUUUUCUGGAAGAGCGAAGCAAUGAGGAGCAGACUGAGGUGACUGGUACGCAUGAAGAGGGAGAAAACAAAAAUACAACCACCAUGGAGGAAAAUCAUGCAGUGAUUCAGAGAGAAAACACAAAUGCCGAGUCUCACACAGAGUCAUGGGAGGAGCCAGCUGGCACAAAACCAGAGGCUGGCGCAGAAAGUGAAAAUUCACAACAGCGGCAGCUGGACGCCGUCACUGAGGUCACAGAGACAAGAAGUGAGACAAGCCUGGACACAGAAUGUCACCGAGACUUGGAUCCUAAAACAGGCACAGAGCAGGAGCAAGAAGAAGUGAUCACAGAGACGCAUAAAUGCCACAGCACUGAAUCAUUAGUUGAAACAAAACAAACAGAGACCCACGCCCAGACAGAGACAGAAACCGACGUCCUGGCAGAAAAUGUGGCCGUGCAGGACCAACAAAAUGUUAAAACGACACAAACAGAGCAGGAAGAUUCACAGACACCAUCUGCACCUGAAAGCACCCCUCAAGAGGAGGAGAGUGAUACUAAGACUGUGAUCGAAGAAGAAAAUGAAGCAGGAAGGGAUUGCCCUGGACAGGAAAUAGGGGAAGUAGUUGUGCCUGUACAUGCACAAAGUCAGGAAUGUGUUUCUAAUCAAAAUAAUUCAGAGGAAUUACAAGUACUCGAUCAGCCAGACGAGGAGGCUGCAGAGAGCGCACCACCUCCAGAAGAAGGUGAGAUUUUAACACAGGAUGAGACUGAAGAUAAAUCUGAUCAAGAACAAAUAAGCUCUUCUCAUGUGCAAACACCUGAAGAGUCAGCAGCUGGUGCUGUGGAGAAAGCAGAAAGCAAGGAAAAUGUUCAAGAAAGCCAAGCAGGAGAGAAUAAUGUCGCCAUUUCUUCUGAAUCAGCAGAUACUGACAGCAACACAAAUAUCCAAGACAAAGUUCAUCAGGAUGCAAAAGAUCUUCCUGAACUUGACGACGGCAGCCGGGAGCAACCUUCUGUGCGCCGCAGCAGUCGCUCCUCUGCUGAUUACUGUCUGAGGAAAUCCUCCGGCUCACGUGGCUCCAAGGUCACGCGUAGACUUUCAGAGGAUCUCUUCAGCGGUCCUGAGAAGACUAGCCAAUCCCAGUUCAGCGCCAGUCAACCAGAACUACAACCUAAGGAAGCAGAAUCAGAGCAAGCAGUUCCUGAAGUGACAGAUGAUGCGGGCGAGCGACAGGAGCAGCAGCCCGACGCCUCCAAGCGAUUCGGACUCUUCCGCAAACUCAAAGGAGAGCAGCCCAAAAAGGCCAAGCCGAAAAAGAAGCCCAAGAUGCAGGUUCCCAAGAUCUUGAUUCAGGACUUCAGCGACGUGAUGCCAGCGGAUGAGCCGGCGGUCCAGGAAGACGCGGGGGAGAAGCUGAGCUCCAGGGAGAGGAGGAGGAGGCGGAGGGAGCAGGAGAGAAAGGAAAAAGAGGAGGAGAAGCUGAAAAAGAAGAAGGAGAAGGAACAAGAGAGGGAGAGAAGGAAACCGCAGACCAGGGGGAAAAGUUUUCAAGGCCAGAAGGAGAAAGUUAGCGAUGAUGUCGCUAAUCCUGCAAAGACCGGUUCACAGAUCACUAGAAAUUCUGUUUCUUAUGCUGAAUCUUACUUUUAACAGAAACGGCAUC